AGGGCGAGGGAGGCUGAGGGCCGGGGCGCGCGAUGCAGCGGGUGACGGUGGUGCUGGGGCACCUGGCGGCCAGGCCUGCCGGGGGGCCGGCGCUGCGGGCGGCUCCGUGCGGGGGGGUAGCGGCGGCGCCCGGCCGGGACGGGGAGCAGGGCGAUGACGUGGUGGUGGUGCACGGGCUGCGGACCCCCAUCGCCAAAGCCAAGCGGGGCGGCUUCAAGGAUACUACUCCUGAUGAGCUGCUCUCUGCUGUUAUGACAGCUGUCCUUACGGAUGUCAAUCUGAGUCCUGAGAAAGUGGGAGAUAUCUGUGUUGGCAAUGUGCUGCAACCUGGAGCUGGGGCUUUCACUGCAAGAGUUGCCCAAUUUCUAAGUGGCAUUCCAGAGACUGUACCCUUAUCAUGUGUUAACAGACAAUGUUCCUCUGGGUUGCAAGCUGUGAUCAAUAUAGCUGGUGGCAUCAGAAAUGGGUCUUAUGACAUUGGUUUGGCCUGUGGAGUGGAAACAAUGUCCCUCAGAAACGUAGGCAACCCUGGAGAUGUUAGCUCACGUAUGAUGGACAAUAGUAAAGCCAGAGAUUGCCUUAUUCCUAUGGGAAUGACCUCAGAAAAUGUGGCAGAAAGGUUCGGCAUUUCCCGAAAGAAGCAAGAUGACUUUGCCAUGGCUUCUCAGCAAAAAGCUGCGAGAGCUCAGCAGAUGGGAUUGUUUAAAAAUGAAAUCAUUCCAGUGAGGACUACUGUUAAGGAUGACCAGGGCAAUCAGAAGACUAUCACUGUGGUUCAAGAUGAAGGGAUCAGACCUAGUACAACUCUGGAAGGCUUGGCAAAACUGAAGCCUGCCUUCAAGGAAAAUGGCUCCACUACAGCUGGUAACUCCAGUCAGGUCAGCGAUGGAGCUGCUGCAGUUCUACUGGCAAAACGCUCUAAAGCAGCACAGAUGGGGCUUCCAGUCCUAGGGGUGUUAAAAUCUUAUGCUGUGGUUGGAGUCCCACCCGACAUCAUGGGCAUAGGGCCAGCCUAUGCCAUUCCAGUAGCUUUGGAGAAGGCUGGUUUGACUGUGAAUGAUAUUGAUAUAUAUGAAAUUAAUGAAGCCUUUGCUAGUCAGGUUGUGUAUUGUGUUGAGAAACUCGGGAUCCCAAAGGAGAAGGUCAACCCCCUUGGAGGAGCUAUAGCAUUGGGGCACCCGCUAGGCUGUACUGGGGCUCGUCAAGUUGUCACUUUGCUCAACGAACUGAAGCGAAGGGGAAAACGAGCGUAUGGUGUUGUAUCCAUGUGCAUUGGAACUGGUAUGGGAGCUGCAGCAGUAUUUGAAUACCCAGGGAAGUGAAUUCCAUUGUACAAGAGAAGCACAGCAUCUGAAUCUUCAUUCUCCAAUGAUAAUGAAUAAUUUGCACUGUAAAAAUGCAAGUGGGUUCAGGAAUUUUUGUUUAAUGGAUCUUGUUUACUGAUUUUAGGCACAAAUGUCUGAAGGGUAUAAAUUUAUGUGCACUGUGUCCUGAAAUACCUUGGGGUGGGAGGAAACGAGCUUGGUGGCUGCUUCACAGCUAAGGUGCCCAAAUGCCAGGGGAUAUAGGGGAGCUCAGUUCAGCCAGUUUUGAUCUUAAAAAUAGAGGCCCCAAUUCAUAUGCAUGUGAAUAAUCCCACUGGAUUCAAUGGUACUUGUAUGUAAAAUUACUCGUGUGGAACCAAGGGAUCAGGGCUAUAAUUCAUAAAGAUGAAGUUAAUGUGGGUCUUGCUUUUUUUAAAGACGGAUGUUAAGGUACAGUUGCCUACACAACUAAAUGUUGACGCACAUGGAGCAAUUUUUCCAACACAUUAUAUAUGUAGAUUUUUUACUUCCUAAUGAUAAAGUUUUUAAGGGAUCAUCCUGGGGUGAUUGAUUCAAUCAAUAGCAACAAUGAAAAGGUUUGUUUUUUAAAGUGGUUACACCAUGGUAUUUCACCAACAGCCUGACUGAUUACAUUCAGGUUAUAACUAUCCUUUAUGGCUCAUCAAUUGGUCCACAUGCCCAGUGUGUGUGUGUGGUUUUUUUAUUA